AUGUCUUCCUUUGACAGCAUUUCGAAGGAGUCCAUGAUUACUUUGUCUGGGCAGGAGGGUUCCAAUUCGCAGCUUUCAGCGCAGAACUCUGAAAAUCAACAGUUGACUCCUGUUCAGAAAUUGCUUUCAAAGGCUGUUAUUAUGCCUAUUGGGGAUAUCAUAAAACUUAUGACUAUUACAUUUUGUGCGACUGUUGGAGAAACUAAAAUGCUGGUGGCCUCUCCCUAUGGCUGGUAUUAUCGUGGUUGCCAUGCUUGCUCAUGUAUUGCGCAUGGUGACAGACCUCCGUUUGAGUGUGAGGCUGGCCAUUUCACUGAGGCAGGGAUUUUUAGGUAUAAGAUUGAGAUUGAAGUUACUCAUGCAGGAAAUAGCUGUAACUUUCUAUUUUGGGACAGAGAGUGUGAGCUUCUUUUGGGAUUGUCUGCUUCUCAGCUGCGUCAUACAAUGAUUAAGGAUGGAAUUCAUGAUCCAUUGGAAUUCCCACUGGCAUUGGAUCAGAUGUUGGAUCGCAAGAUGGCUUUCAAAAUCAAGUGGCAACCACGGUGGAAGAAUGCCUCGGUAGUUAUGCUAUUGAAGAAUGACCCUUUUGUGAAAGAGCUUGCUGAUCAGCUUGACACAGAUGAAGAGGUUGUAACUAUAAACUCCAUUCCGGCUGACCAGCUUGAGAUGAAACAACCAGGUGUUGAAGCAACGGACACUGUUCUUUCAGAACCUGAUUUUGUCGUCGAUCUUGAUGUGACUUCGACGCACAACACAGAUCCAAUUACUCCUACUGGCAAAAGACAGUUUCCAGGCGCAUCAAGUGAGUCGACAACCUCGGAUGGCACUUGUGAUGGAGAACUUUCAUCAAACAAGCUCAAGAAAAUUAUAAAACUAGAGAAUAUGGAUUAG